AAAAGGUGAGAUCAUCCACCUGAGGUCACGUGACCCGGAAUCCGCCAUUUUCGACGCAGAAUGUAUUGCCACAGGUAAACACCGCUUGAUCAGAACACUCGGGUGCCAUGGAGAGAGACACUUCGGUGCUAGUCGUGUUAUUAUGUUUAACACUGACCAUUGCAGUGACUUCUGGUCAGCCAUUAAACUGGAACCAGUGGUCGAGCUGGGGGAAUGACCCCAACCCAGUGACGGGUAACGAUUUUUACUAUUACCAGCCUGAAGUGCAGAUCAAGUACGGGAGAGUCCGAGGGUAUUCUAUCCAGUAUAGGGGACAUAAUUGGAGAUAUGGGUACAGGAAAUAUGUGAACGUGUUCCUAGGGGUGCCGUAUGCGAAACCUCCCAUUGGGACGUUGAGGUUCAGGCCCCCAGAGGAGCCUGACAAGUGGAUGGAGAGAGACGUGGAGAGAUAUAAAACAUGGGAUGCCACCUACUACAGGCCAGCGUGUCCCCAGCCUAAGAACAUUGUCCUGCAACAACACCUGCCUCACCACACCAAUACCAGUGAGGACUGUCUCUACAUGAAUAUCUUCACACCAAAUAUCACAUAUUAUCCGUAUUAUGGCAAGAGGUGGCCAGUGCUAGUAUAUAUCCAUGGAGGAGAAUUCACACACGGCUCAGCACAGAUGUAUCCUGGGACAGUUCUUGCGCAGAGACAAGUCGUUCUUGUAACAUUUAACUACAGGCUGGGUCCAUUAGGUUUUCUAUCUACUGAGGAUGCAAAAGCCAGGGGGAAUUAUGGGAUGUUGGAUCAAGUUCGGGCUCUGGAGUUCAUUAGAGAAAACAUCUGGUAUUUCUAUGGAGACCCCAAUAAUGUCAUGAUAUUUGGGCAUGAUGCAGGCGCAGUCAGUGUAGGGCUCCAUCUGGUGUCAGAUAAGUCGAGAGGAAGAAAACUCUUCACUAAGGCGGCUGCAGCUGGAGGAGCAGACAUGGUGGAGUGGGGGGUGAUAGAGCCCAAGUACCGCCCCAGGGAGUAUGCCUAUGAGCUGGGCUAUCGCCUGGGAUGUCCUGUGGAUCACAAUGAUCACCACUCCCUGAUCCAGUGCCUCAGGUACACCAAGAGCUGGGAGGAGAUUACCCUAGCUGGCCUCAAUAUCUCUAAGAGGGAAUGGCUGCCUGCAGGCCCCUGGGCCCCUGUAGUGGAUGGCUAUGAUGGCUUCCUCACUGAUACCCCACGAAACCUCAGAGAGAGAGGUGCAGUGGCACCAGUCAUGUUUUUGGCAGGGCUAUGUUUGAAUGAGGGAUCGUAUUUGAUACCCAACAUCUCUCCCACCAUGGGAAAAGGCAUCACAGAGACAGAGUUUGACAUGGCGGUAGACGACUUCCUGGCGAGACGAAGAAUCUGGGACAUCGAGAGGGCGAGGGAAGCAGUGAGGUUUGAAUAUACUUACUGGACAAACCCAGACAAUGCCACCGCAAGGACACAGGAGUUGAUGCAUUUAUAUGGUGAUCUCAAGUAUGGCGCUGGACUGGACUACACUUUGAAGAACGCCUCCAACUUAAAUAGGACGUAUUUCUACGUGUUCCAGUACAGGUCAGAAAUGGAGACAGAGCCUGGAUGGAGAGGUAUCCCCCAUGGUGCUGACAUCCCAUAUAUCUUUGGUUUUCCCCACAUGAACUACACUUUCGCCAAUGUCAGUAGCAUCAAGAUUAAUAAACUAUAUGACGGCUACUUGGACAGAAAUAUGAGUGACUUCAUGAUCACUGUGUAUACGGAGUUUGCCAGAAGAGGCAACACAACACCUGAUCUCCCAGAGGAAGGUGACAUACGCCGUGACCACCUGCGUAAUAUCACCUGGCUCCCUGUUAACCCAUACAAUCUCACCUUCCUUGUGAUUGACGAGUACCCCUAUCACGAUGUGAUGUAUAGGCAGGACGAGUUUGCCUUCUGGAUGUAUAGGUUUUCAGAGGUUGUGGAUCUUAUUCCAGUGUUCACCACGCCCUGGCCAACCCCCGCUGCCUUCAGGGACUUCCAGAUAGCCACCUGGGGACUGGUGGUCUUUGGGAUCCUCGCCACACUGAUCAUUGCCUGCCUCGCUGUGGCACUGAUUCGAGCCAGAAGUAAAUAUGUAUAGUGAAUGUGGAUAUGUCUUGUUGUCAGCCAUGCAAUGUGAUGUGAUGUGAGGCCCUUCAAUCUUCUGGAAUUAUCAUCAUAAUUUUUUCUUAUUAUUUUAAUAUCAUGGGAACAUUUUUCUUUUUGUUGAAAAACUUUGGCAAAU